GGUCUCUCUGGUAUAAAUAAAGGUCGCGUGGUGAAUCAAGUUAAUGGUACUCCUGGGAAUUAGAGGCGGUAGGAAGGAGGAGGAGGAGGAGAAAGGGGAGCAAUAAUUACAAUAAUAGCAAGAGGAAGAAGAAUUCAAUGCGACUGUGGAAAUACGACGUUGGAAGGACCCUGGGAGAAGGCAAUUUCGGAAAAGUCAAGUACGCCAGAAACCUGGAAUCCGGCCAAUCUUUUGCAAUUAAGAUCUUGGAGAAGCACAGGAUCUUUGACCUCAACAUCACCGAUCAGAUAAAGAGGGAAAUUGGGACCUUAAAGCUUCUCAGACAUCCCAACGUGGUCAGGUUACACGAGGUCCUAGCAAGCAAAUCCAAAAUUUACAUGGUCCUAGAAUUUGUGGACGGCGGCGAAUUGUUUGAUCGAAUAGCAUCCAAGGGGAAACUCUCCGAGGCUCAAGGCAGGAAGCUCUUCCAGCAGUUAAUAGAUGGCGUCAGUUACUGCCACAACAAAGGCGUUUUCCACAGAGAUCUCAAGCUGGAAAACGUGCUGGUUGACGCAAAAGGAAAUGUAAAGAUAACAGACUUCGGCCUCAGUGCCUUGCCCCAACAUUUUAGGGAUGAUGGAUUGCUCCAUACAACGUGCGGAAGUCCCAAUUAUGUUGCCCCUGAAAUUCUUUCUAACAGAGGUUACGAUGGUGCCACAUCAGACACUUGGUCAUGUGGUGUCAUAUUGUACGUAAUUCUCACAGGAUAUCUCCCAUUUGAUGACAGAAAUCUUGCAGUACUUUAUCAGAAGAUCUUCAAAGGUGAUGCUCAGAUACCCAAGUGGCUAUCACCUGGAGCCCAAAACCUAAUUAAGAGAAUACUUGAUCCAAAUCCUUGUACUCGGAUAUCAAUGGCAGACAUCAAAGUGGACGAGUGGUUCAAGCAAGACUACUCUUCUGCAAUACCUUAUGAUGAUGAUGACGACAACAAACAAAAUGCAUUCAUAGAUGAUGCAGUUUUAUCAGUGCAUGAGCCAUCGGAAGCAGAAAAAGAUCCAGAAUCAUCUCACCUCAUUAAUGCCUUUGAGCUGAUUGGAAUGUCUUCCUGUCUAGACCUUUCCGGUUUUUUUGAGAAAGAAGAUGUCUCGGAUAGGAAGAUAAGAUUCGCUUCCACUCACUCUCUAAAAGAAUUGCUUGAGAAGAUUGAGCAGACAGUAACAGAAAUGGGAUUUCAAGUCCACAAGAAGAAUGGAAAGCUCAAAGCGAUACAAGAGCACAAGGGUGACAAAGGCCCAGGUAGCGUCUCAAUAGCAGCAGAAGUCGUUGAAAUAAGCCCAUCUUUGCAUGUUGUUGAAUUACGGAAGUAUUAUGGGGAUCCUGCAGUCUAUAGACAGUUGUGCAAAAAGCUGUCUAAUGAUUUGGGCGCCUCGUCAAGUCAAGAGUGCUUAGCUGCUGAAUUGUGAGUACCCUUGCUGCUUAGCUUAGAGAAUAGAGAUGCUAUAUGCUACGCGAUGUAUACAUGCAUACAAGUAUUAUACAGUGGUACUAUUACCCUACCAAUGAUUCAUUAUAAGAUGUUAGCAGAUGAUUCUUUUAAAACUGUAUAGCGCUUCAGUAGAUCCAGUUCAUUUUAGUCUUUCAUGAUAAAUUAAUAGGUUUGUAAGCUUGGACGAUAAAUAAUUUUCCAAGAAAAUAUACGUACCUUCUAUGCCAUUUUCUCUGUUGCA